AUGAGUGCAUGUAAUUUCAGCCAAGAGAUGUGUUUCUACAGUGCACCAACUAGUCCUCGCUGUCUCAAACUGAGGACACCCUUUGAUUCUCAAACUGCCCCCACAACACCAAGGGAAACAGCGCAUGAGGAUGCAAACUUCAACGUGGAUGAGUUUGAAUUUGAAACUAGUCGCAGAUUCAACGUUAGUGUCAGUGACUUGGACUCUGAGACAGAACAAAAGAAUGAGAAGAACCCUUUUGGUGAUUCAUUCCAGACCAUGGCAUAUGCUGAUGAGCUUUUCUGUGAUGGUAAAGUCUUGCCACUGAUGCCACCUCUCAAGCUUCCUCCAAGGCUGCAUUGGAAUGGAAAUAGUAGCAUUAUGAGCACUCGCAGAUCAACACUGGCGUCUCCAAGGUCCCUGGGGUCGGUGUUUAGACAUCGGUUUUCAAGGCAUAGUUUGUGGAAUGAUGAUUUUGAUCCCUUCAUGGUGGCUUUGCAGAAGGUCAGAGAAGAAAAGAGGGGGAAACCAAAUGCAAGACAUGGUUUCAGGAGGAGUAGAUCACUUUCUCCAUUCAGGGGUUUCAGCAACAAGUCUGACAAAAAUGUGGGAGUAUUCAAGUCAAGUCAACUUGAGUCACAAUGUGGUGCGACAGCUCAUCUAGUUUGUGAGCUUGAUAAAAGGCCAUUGAAGGAAGUACCAGGAAGAAUAAAUGUGUUACCUGAGCCCAAAGGGUUGGUGUUUGCAAGACAAGUGAGACUAGUGGGAAUCAGAAAUGAUACCACCUUGGAGGAGGCAUCAAUCUUAAAGUGGACAAGGAAUAAGAAGAGGGAAUACAUAAAGAAGUUUUUGUUUAGGACUGGUAACAGGGGAAAAACCAAUGCUCAUAAAAAGUUAGAAGAUAAAAUGAUAGCACAGGAGAAACCACCUUUGGUGAGGAAACUUGACAUGAAAGCUGUGACAUCAACGGAACCAAAGCAAUGGGAUAGAGCUCCAAACACAUGUGAGUUGACCAAAAUGAGAUUGGGUAUGUCACAGGCCACUGCCAAGAUUUUUUCCCUGCUUGGGUUAUGA